UUUAUAUCACGUUAUCUCACACAGCCCCGUCGCUAGCCCGCAUCGUAGCUCUUGCGUGAUUCACAGUCGUGUGUACAUGUUGGCAGGCUGCAUAUCGACUGGUCAGUGAGGAGUGACGAGACACAAGAGAGUGACGAGAGACAGGACAGUGACCAGAGACAAGGAACCAUGGCUUGGGGCUGUUGCUGGAUCAUCGUCGUAGUUGUUUACGGUGUUGUGGGUGUGUACCUGGGAGUCCCGAGUGUUGAAGGAAGCGGUGAGAAGGGCGAGGUGUUUUGGGAGUCAAAACUAAUAUCAGACUUCCUCCAGUCUGGUUACGUGAGGGAGGCUCGGCCUGUCACAUCCGCCAACUCAACGGUGGAUGUCACGAUGUACCCCGUGCUGCUCAGCAUCAACAAUAUCAAUGAAGCCGAUAACACACUGACAUCAACGCUGAUCUUGCUCCAGCAAUGGGUCGACAUUCGACUGAAAUGGAAUGCCUCAGACUAUGGAGGUGUGACCAGUGUGAAGCUCCCGUCAAUGCGACUGUGGCUGCCGGAUAUUGUGCCUUUCAACGCAGCACCGACGGCGGUGUCAGACCCCGUGUAUGAAGAACUAGUUGACGUUUCCAAUGACGGCACCGUAAGAUGGGGACCUCUGAUAGUCGUGUCAUCAAAGUGUCCUCUUGAUGUCACCAAUUUCCCCUUCGAUACCCAAUCCUGCACAGUCGUCUUUGGUUCUUGGUUGCACACUCGUCAACAGAUGGACAUGAGGUUCUAUACGGAGGGGGCUAAAGAGAUGGAUAUUAGCAUCUCAGAAAGCUUUCAGGGUAUGCCGAUGGUUGAACAUCCUUAUUGGACCAUCAUAGAUGAUAAGCUGAAGGCUAAACUGUUAGAGGUGAAGUAUGGUACCUAUGAAUUCGCUAUACUAAGCAUUACGGUGGAGGCGAAGAGGAGAGCUUCCUUCUUCAAGCACCUGGCCAUAGGACCUGGAGCUCUCAUUGGGUUCCUGGUUCCCGUGCUGUUUCUACUACCUGCAAGGUCCAGUGAGAAGAAUACGUUUGGUAUGCUGAUAAUCGUCGGACUCGUUCUUCUCAUCUCAGUCCUGGCCGAGGCCGUUCCCUUCAACCACAGCAGCACGCCACGUGUAGGUCUCUUCUACUUGAUCACCCUCAUGCUGACUUGCUGCAGCAUGGUCAUCUCUGUUCUGGUCAGCAACAUCAGCUACAGGGGCGCCAGGCGACGGUCGCUGCCCAAGUGGAUUCACCAGGCAUGUUUAAGCCGAAAUGGUCUACGGAGAAUUUUGUGCAUAGACAAGUACUCGCCUGUGGACAAUUUGUUCGCGGAGACUUUGCGGGAGACUGAGGACUUGUCUACGCAUGAGCAACCGGAAGCUGGUGGAGGGCGGGAAAUGGAUACUGUAAGGACGCGGGAAAUGAGAGAUGUUAGCAGAUAUCUUAAAUAUAUUUGUGGCAAACUGUCGGCAGACGACUCGUAUAGAAACGUGAACCAAGACUGGGAGGAACUUGCACGAGUGGUCGACCGUGUCCUCUUCGUUAUAUUCUUCAUCCUGUACGUCCUCACAGCGGUGUCCAUGCUGACCGAGAGGAGGCCCUGGGCCCUUAGUCUCGAAACGCUGUAG